UGGAGCGGGGAGCGGCUGUCCCGGGCCGGGAGUGGCGGAGGGACCCAGGGACCCGGAAUUAAUUCGCGGGGAAAGCACCUCUGGGAGUAUUGAGUCCAACGUGUGACCCAACAUCACCGUGUCAACAAACCAUGGCAGCGAAUGCCACGUCCCGUUUUUCCUUAAACACCUCCCGACUCCAGCACUUCCCUGGGCAGCCCAUUCUAAUGUCUAAUUACUCCUUCUGAGAAGAAAGUCCGCCUGAUGUCCAACUUAAAUCUCCUGUGGCGCAGUUUAAGACCAUGUCCUGUUGUCCUGUCGCUGGUUGCCUGGGAGAAGAAACCGACCCUGAAGCUGUGCCAGGGGAGGAUUAGGGUGGCUAUUAGGAAAAGGUUCUUCCCCCAGAGGGUGAUCGGGCACUGAACAGGUUCCCCUGCUGGACUCAAUAUCUCAAAGGUCUUUUCCAACUGAAAUGAUUCUUGGAUUCUGUGAAAUUUGGUAACAACGUCAAAAUUGGAGCAGCGGGAUUCUCCCGAGUUGUGUCCUGAUAGUGCACCACACAGGACAGAGGCUAUCAAUAAAUGAGGCCAUAAAUAAAUGAUGGGGUUCAUUUAAUUUUCAGUAGGAUCUCAGCUUCUGGAGCUGGGGAAUGCUGCUCCUGAGGCUGUGGUAGACACAGACCCAGCGCAUGAGGGUAUCAAGUUCUGCUUCCACCAGGUACUUGGUGCAGGAAUGUUCAGGAUAUUCUGGGUAUGUGACUGUCAGGAAAUGGACCUGAACGGGCUUUGCACAAGCUAAUAUAGCAAAUACAGCCAGCAUCCUGCUUUUUGUUACUUAAGACGUUGUUUUAUAGGAUUUAGUAGCAAUGGAAAACUGCAUUUUCUCUGUUUUAAUCGAAGAAUUAAUUAAAAUUAAUUAAUGUAAAUGUUUGAGCGUGUUGUCUCAGUCUCCUUUUUGUGUUUCUAAAUGUGCUUGAUACUUCUGAAAUGCGCUGCAAAUUCAACCAGUUUUAGAAGGGUUUCUUUUCUGCUUUUGGUGGCAAUGUGGUUGCAUGGAAGAUUGAUAGUGGAAGAGUGAUGAUCUGCACAGGAUUACAGACUUCUGGUGAAGACAGUUGUGUUUAACAUAGAAGGCACUGUGUAAAACCUCUGUUUUGGGGAUUUUCAUGUGUUUCUUUACAUAAUAUUUAAAGUAAAGUUGAAAAAAAUUGAAGACAAGAAGCUGAAAUUUCAAAAAGUAAAUUGAUUCACGCUAGUUUUUUACUGAGCUGGCAGUAGUCAGGAUAAACAUCCUAAACACUGUAUUUGUCAGUAGCAAUACUUUAUGUUUCUAAUCUCAUAUGAUUUCACUGUGGGAUGAAAGUCCUUUAAAAUAAACCAGCUUGAUCCCGGCACGGGACGUGCUCUUUCUCCAAUCAGCAUUGAAGAAUGUGCUGCUUUUUAUUUGCAUUAGGCUGUCUGACCAGUUUUCUCGCAAGCCUAAUGGAUUAAAUUUUACUUCCCAUUUCCUCAGCAGACAUGCAGUAUUGGAGAGCUUUUUCUGUUGUUUACCUUCGGAGCAGACGGUUCUCGUUCUUCUGGUUUCCUGCAGAGCAGCCAGAGCCAGCUCGGAUGCUGGAGUAGUUUCUCCAGGAAGUCAUGUUAAUGCACAGCCUAUUUUUGUUCACUUUUGGACUAACUUUUACUGGAAAACCUUUCUGGAUAAAAGGUGUAUCUUCUCAACACACAUCCAGACUUUCUACAUUAGAAAUAAUCAUUCCUCGGAGUCUGACAGGGAGAGAGAAACAUCACCCAUUUUCUCAUGAGGAGCAUUCAGAUGACAAUCUUUCUUACUCAGUUAAAACCAGAAAUGGAACAUAUCUCCUAAAGCUGAAGAAAAAUAAAAAACUUCUUAGUGACGACUUUAAGCUGUACACAUAUGGGGAAAAUGGGAAACUGCAGGCAACACCAUCCAAAAAUGAGACACACUGUUAUUAUCACGGCACUGUUGAAGGAAUUGCUGACUCCACACUUGCUCUUAGCACAUGUGAUGGCCUUAGGGGAAUUCUCUACAUUGGAGGCAAAUGGUACGGAAUGGAGCCGCUCAGCACAUCCAGCACAUUUGAACAUGAGCUUUAUGAACUGGAAGAUGUGCAGGGUAUCCCCUUCCACUGUGGGGUGCUGAAUGGCAGCCUGGAGCACGAGAUGUUUGUGAAGCAGUCUGUGAAAUAUGCAUUUGCAUCAAACAGUACCUCCAGCAGGGACAGGCUCCUCAGGGAGAAGCGAGCUGUCCUGCCCCAGAAAAGUUAUGUAGAAUUAUUUGUGGUUGUGGAUCACAACAGGUUUUUGCUGAAGAAUUCUGAUCCUGCUGCAGUGCAAAAGGAAACAGUGGAGCUGAUUAAUUAUGUUGAUGGGAUGUAUAGAGCAUUAAACAUCCAGAUUGUUUUGGUUGGAUUAGAGAUUUGGACAGAUGCCAACCACAUAUCUGUAAUGAAUGGUUCAGCUGGAGAUGUGCUGAGUAGAUUUGUUUCUUGGAGACAGAAGGAUCUUCUGAAGCGCUCAAGAAAUGACGUUGGUCACCUCAUAAUAGGGAGAAGCUCUUUCAGUGGAUCCAUUGGAAUGGCUUUUGUGGGUACUGUGUGCUCACAUGUCCAGGGAGGGUCGAUCAGCACUCUGAAUCAUAACAAAAUGUUACGUCAUGCCACAGUAGUUGCACAUGAACUGGGGCACAAUCUCGGAAUGAAACAUGAUGAUAAGAGGUGUCCUGCAUCCUAUAUCAUGCACAGCACAGAUAAUGGGUCCAGGAAUUUCAGCACCUGUAGCGCUGAUGAUUUUGAGGCCUUUAUUCUAAAUGGAGGAGGAAACUGCCUCAGAAAUCCUCCCAAAACAAGUAAUGUGUACAAAGAACCUGUCUGUGGUAAUAACGUCGUUGAUAACAAUGAAGAAUGUGACUGUGGCAAACCACAGGAGUGCUCCAACCCCUGCUGUGAUGCUGCAACCUGCAAACUCACACCUGGCUCACAGUGUGCUCAAGGACUGUGCUGCAAAAACUGCAAGUUUAAAGUGGCAGGAGCAGAGUGCAGAGCAAAACAAGGUGUCUGUGAUCUCCCUGAAUACUGCAAUGGAAGCACUGCCUACUGCCCAGAUGAUGUUUACAUCAUGAAUGGUCACCCAUGCAGCAACAGCAAGGCUUAUUGCUACUAUGGAGUGUGCCAGAGCUUUGAUUCACAGUGUGAAUCUAUAUAUGGGAAAGGGGCACGAAAAGCACCUGAUAUAUGCUUUGAAAAAGCAAAUAUUAAAGGAGAUAGGUUUGGAAACUGUGGAAUGAAAGGUGGAGUGUACAAGAAAUGUCCUGUCCAGCACAGUCUGUGUGGGAAGCUCCAGUGCACAUCUGUCAGUCUUCAAAACCUUCCUGCCUGGAGCGUUGUCAAUAACGCAUCCGGGGUUUUGUGCUGGUCCUCUGACUUUGACUUAGGAUCAGAUAUCCCUGAUCCUGCUCAAGUUCACGAUGGGACAGCCUGUGGAGAGAACAAGGCCUGUGUAGGUUUUGAAUGUGUUGAUGCAAGAUAUCUGGGCUACAACUGUGAUGUAAAGCAGAAGUGUAAUAAGAAUGGGGUGUGUAACAACAAUGGGAAUUGCCACUGCAACCCGGGAUGGGCCCCUCCGUUCUGUAACCAGUCUGGCUACGGUGGCAGUGUUGACAGUGGUCCAGCUCACACAGAUACAUCACUUCGGGAUGGACUGCUGAUUUUCUUCUUCCUCGUGCUGCCAGUAGCCAUCCUUGCUGCAGCAGCAGUAAUGAAGCGUGAUGCAAUAAGGAGAAAAGUUUGCAGGAAAAGCAGAGGACAGCACAGGGAUAACAGUGCAGAGCAGCCGAAGCAAGGCAACAGAGCAAGUCAUGACACAGGAAAUAAUCAGCCUACCCCAUCAAGUCACAAUAUUUUUACCAUAUUGCAUUUUCCUGGUACAAGGCAGCCAGUCCAAACCCAGCUUCCUGCAGCUUCCUCAGGACCUCAACAACCCCCAGUCCCACCUAGACCAGUUGUCUGAAAUGUUUCUUGGGAACCCUCAAUCAGUGCUGACAAGUAACUGACCCAAAAGACAAAUGAGAGGAUUUCAAUGCUCCAGUGCUCUCCUUGUGCAGCCAAAAUGCCUUUGGAAAGCAGGUCCCUCUGGCAAGGACUGGGUGCCAAGAGGCACUGAACACAGAUUUGGUGAUAUCCCAGUGUUUUGCUACUUGCUGCUGGCUGUGUUUGUGCCUCCUCUACCUCACCUCUUGGUUUCAUAAAUCAGAACCUGAAGUUCAACUUGCACAGGAUUGAACCUGUGAGAGUGUCAGAGAACAGGACUCUCCCACGGUGCUGCCUCACUCUCAGGCCACAGAGAGGUGAAUUCAGUUAUUCACAGACAUAAUUCAAAGAUGGGAGAUCUGCUCUUCCCCUCCUGGGCUGUCCUCUCCUCAGGACACUGCCAGGAACUCCGAGGGCCUGCGGAGCCAGGCUUGGGGACAGUCCCUGUGCCCUGCUCUGACACCUGCCUGCCACCAGCCCUACCAAAGCUGGGGCCCAGAGCCCACCUCUCACCUCCCACCAGCCGAGUCAGCUUCCAUUUCAGGUAGUCUGUAAAAGGAACUUCACAUGGGGACACCAGAAGGUCUGUAGGUCAUGUCUCCGAGUCUGAAAGAACCCAUCCCUCUCUGUUGUUACAGAAAAUAUGGGAUAUUGGGAAAUACACUGUACAGCCCCACAGUGGUUCAGCGUUUACUGGGUUUUGCAGCUUGAGAUUUUCCCUAGAAACUGAUUCUACUACAAAAGCAACAGAUUAACUUUUGUCCUUCUAAAUGGGACAGUCAGAAACCAGCACCGAUUUAAAAGAGGAUGUAUGGAGUGACACUGUUUGUCCAACUGGGCCUCCCAUCAAAUGUCUCCAUGUAGGAUGGAUCCAGGAAAUCCAGGGAAAAGAGUCUCCACCAGAAUGGAGAAGCAGCUGCAGUGCAGAGACCAAAAGAACAAAGCUGUGGAUAUGGGUCCACCUGUCCUUGGGGAGUAAAGCACACCCGGCUUGUCUUCAUGCAAAUUUGGGAGUAUAAACUGGGAAAAAAGAGUGAAUAAAUGAUAGGAUUGCCUCACCAAGAAAAUAUUUCCAACCCCUCAGAUGGCCACAUCACUGAAGGGCUGGACAAAAGAACCCAAAAGAGAUUGCUGGCAAAAAGUCUGUGUCUUCCAAAGAAGUGUCCUCUUCCUUAAUCCCUCAGAAUCUUCAAUUUUUAUUAUUAAAUAUCCCUAUCAUUUAGACCGCAAGUAUCCUAUUACAUUGAUUUUAUUUACUACAUUACAAUUUAAAAUAAAUCCUCAGGGG